AUGAUAGAAGAAGCCAUAGGAUUACUUCGAGGUAAUCUCUCUGCUAUUUUGGUAUCGUGGAUUUUUGGCACUGUUGGAGUUUUUGCGAAUAUUAUGGUAAUCGGUAUUUCACUCCAAAAUUUUCUUUUAAAACGUGCUAGGAAAACCAAAUAUAGCAAAGUCCACACAAUCCUCAUUAUAAAUUUGGCUAUAGCGGAUUUAUUUGGUGCUAUAUACCUGCUAAUUAUCGCAAGUGCAGAUCGCUAUUAUGCUUUUCACCAUUCCUCCAUUUUUAGCUGUGUUUUUGCUAAUAAGUGCCAUAAUGCUACUAAUAUUUGGAUAAAUACACCCUUUUGUUCACUGGCUCGAUUUUUAGCUAAUAUUGCGACCCACUUACCAGCUUAUAUGACAUUAUUUAUAUUAAUUGAUAGAUAUAGCAAUAUCGUUAAGUCUCAUACACCUAAAUGUUAUAAUUUAGCCAAAUGGCGUAUUGCAUUCCUAACAAUAUUAGCAUGGCUGAUUUCAAUAUUUGUGGCUUUUGCUAGCAGCAUACGUUCAAAUCAAGUUCAUAAUCCACAUAACUUUAAAACAAUCAUUAAUCUGUGUUAUUUUACCGAUUUAGAUGACCCUAUAUUUCAGAUAUUUGCAUUUCUGGCUUUUUUUAUGAUUAUUAUGAGUUACAUUUGCACCAUGGCCCUUUAUGUUAUGAUUAUUGAGUAUAUUCGUCGCACUAGGCAUAGGGUUAUUCGUUUUUGCGCUAAUAUUACUGCCAUUCAAAAUCGAAUUGAAACACGUCUUACAUUAGUAACAGGACUUCGUGUAUUAAGCUAG